AUGUCAUCAACUACGAAAUCAAAAAAUGUUUCAAUUUCGGAAUUUAAAACGCCCGGUUAUAUUAAGUUUUUGUUUGGUGGUCUGUCAGGUAUGGGUGCAACUUUAUUUGUUCAACCGUUGGAUCUAGUGAAAAAUAGGUUGGUUUUCAUUAAACUUAAUAAUAAUAUUUGGAUUCGGAAGGAUAGGAUGCAAUUGUCAGGAAUGCAAGGCAAACGUGAGUAUUCUUCAACUUUUCAUGCAGUUCGUUCAAUUGUCAGAAAUGAGGGGUUUAUUGCAUUGUACAAUGGCCUUUCUGCUGGUUUGGCUCGUCAAGCAAUAUAUACGACAACAAGACUUGGGUUAUAUACCUGGCUUUUAGAAUUUUGCAGCCACGAAGGAAGGAGUCCAUCAUUUGCAAUAAAGGCUGGUCUUGGUAUGACAUCUGGUGGCAUUGCUUCCCUUUUUGGAAAUCCAAUGGAAUUAGCACUAGUUCGAAUGACCGCUGAUGGACGUUUGCCUAUAAACGAGAGGAGAAAUUAUAAAAAUGUAUUAGAUGCACUUGUCAGAGUUACUCGAGAGGAAGGAAUAGUCACUUUGUGGAGGGUGAAGAUAAAAAUUUGCAAUUAA